AUGACGACGACAACGGCCACCGAGGCCGUCGGCAAAGCCGUCAUCUCGAUCAAGCCGACGCCAACUUGGGUGCCACUGGAAAUCAAAGGCCACAUCCCAGAGCCUUUUAUUAUAUCGGAUUUCAACCUUCGAGUUGUUCCUCUGCACCCUACAUAUGCUUGUGAGCUGCAGGGUGUGGAAUGGGACAAACCUGUCACUCCAGAACUGUACCGAGAGAUUCGCAAACUUGUUGAUAAAUAUGGUGUAGUAGUCUGUCGAAAGACAAACUUAUCGGACGAAGCACAUAUCCGAUUUUCUCGUUUCUUUGGGGAGCUUGACGACGUCCGACCAUACCAGAAGGCUGGUAGGAUCCACAGACUAGCAUACCCUGAACUCUUUGAUGCUGGCAAUAUCGACCCUCAAACAGGGGAUGUUGCACCUUUGUCGGCCGCGCAAGUAAUUGGGAACAAGGCAAAUGAGCUUUUCCAUACAGACUCUUCGUUCAAUAGCAGGCGAGCGGGUCACUCACUGUUGUUAGCCCACAGGAUUCCUCCUGCUGGCACUGGAGGACACACUGAGUUUGCAGACUCUCGAACUGCAUACGAUGAUCUGUCUGACGAUCGGAAACGUCAGCUUGAGGGUUUGGUUGCUGCUCACUCGCUAUUUCAUUCUCGAAAGAAAGCAGUUCCGGAAUAUUUCAAAGACACUAAUCCAGAGAACUUGCCAUUGAGCCGUCACUUGCUUGUGCAGAAGCAUGAGUGGACUGACCGAAUGAACCUCUAUAUCGCAUCAUAUGUUCAUCACAUUGAGGGAAUGAGCAGAGAAGAAAGCACCAGGCUUAUAGAGGAGCUACUGGCCCAUGUUUCGCAGCCAAAAUACCGAUAUACUGCGGAGUGGAUCCAGAAUGGUGACAUGAUAAUUUGGGACAAUACUGCCGUCCUGCAUCGUGCAACUGGAGGCUCUUAUGAAGGACGAUAUCCGCGAGAUAUGCGUCGCACGACGGUGAAAGAUAUGAGUAGCACCAGGUUUGGUUUGAACGGGGAAGGAGCAGACUGGCGCGUUGGUUUGCCUUAG